CGCCGGCUCCUGCCCCAGCCCCAGCCCCAGUCCCAGCCCCAGCUCGGCUCGUGUCCGGAUCCUCCGCCCGCGCUCCCAGUGCUACAGCUGCCCCAGUCCCGCUGACGGUCGCCUGCGCUCGCGUCCCUGGAACGCGUCCCUCGCGCCCGGGAUCGUUCCAGCGGCCCCUUGCGCUCCUUGCGCCCCGGGAUCGUUCCGGCGGCCCCCGCUGCCUCCUCCGAGCGCCGGCCCGCGCGCCCCGCUCGCCGCUCCCCGGCACUCUCGGGGGGCCCCCGCCCUGCAACCUGGAGCACCGGUCGGCGAGCCUCUGCCAGCUCCUGUGGAUCCUCGCGGCCGUGGGCAGCGGCCGCCCCGCUUGUCCGCCCGAGGCAGGACCCUUGCCGCUGCGUUUGCCCGGUAACUCUGGCUGUGCCGCCCGGCCCUUGGGUAAGACGGGCGCCCCGGGAACAUGGCAGACGAAGACCUCAUCUUCCGCCUGGAAGGCGUGGAUGGCGGCCCCACCUCCCGGGCUGCCCACGACGGUGAUUCGGGCGCAGACAGCGACGACGAGGAAGGUUACUUCAUUUGCCCCAUCACCGAUGACCCCAGGGCACACCACAAUGUCAAUUCCAAGGUUAAUAACUACCACAGCAACCUAAGGAAAAGUGAGCCCUAUGGAUCCAGCGGGUCCCCGGCAGGUUCCUUCCAUUUUAAGGAAGCCUGGAAGCAUGCAAUCGAGAAGGCCAAGCACAUGCCCGACCCUUGGGCUGAGUUCCACUUGGAGGACAUUGCCACGGAAUGUGCCACACGUCACAGGUACAAUGCUGUCACCGGGGAGUGGCUGCAAGAUGAAGUUCUGAUCAAGAUGGCGUCUCAGCCCUUUGGCCAAGGAGCAAUGAGAGAGUGCUUCAGGACGAAGAAGCUCUCCAACUUCCUGCACACCCAGCAGUGGAAGGGGGCCUCCAACUACGUGGCAAAGCGCUACAUCGAGUCCGUGGACAGAGACGUGUACUUUGAGGACGUGCGUCUGCAGAUGGAGGCCAAGCUCUGGGGAGAGGAGUAUAAUCGGCACAAGCCCCCCAAACAGGUGGACAUCAUGCAGAUGUGCGUCAUAGAGCUGAAGGAGAGACUGGGCCAGCCUCUCUUCCACCUGGAGCACUAUAUUGAGGGCAAGUACAUCAAGUACAACUCCAACUCGGGCUUCGUCCGCGAUGACAACGUGCGCCUGACGCCGCAGGCCUUCAGCCACUUCACGUUUGAGCGGUCCGGCCACCAGCUGAUUGUGGUGGACAUCCAGGGUGUGGGUGACCUCUACACCGACCCGCAGAUCCACACCGAGAGGGGCACUGACUUUGGAGAUGGCAACCUAGGUGUCCGUGGGAUGGCUCUCUUCUUCCACUCUCACGCCUGCAACCGGAUUUGCAAGAGCAUGGGCCUCGCUCCAUUCGACCUCUCCCCAAGAGAGAGAGAUGCCGUGAACCAGAACACCAAGCUGCUGCAAUCAGCCAAAACCAUUUUGAGGGGGACAGAGGAAAAGUGCGGGAGCCCCCGGGUAAGGACCCUCUCUGGCAGCCGGCCCCCCCUGCUCCUUCGCCUCUCGGAGAACUCUGGGGACGAGAACAUGAGUGACGUGACCUCCGACUCGCUCCCUUCCUCGCCGUCCUCGGCCACGCCGCACAGCCAGAAACUGGACGCCCUCCACUGGCCUGUGUUCAGUGACCUUGAUAAUGCGGCUCCCCGAGACCACGACCAUCUGGACAACCACCGGGACUCUGAGAACAGUGGGGACAGCGGAUACCCCAGUGAGAAGCGGGGUGAGCUGGAUGACCCAGAGCCCCGAGAACAUGGCCACUCAAACGGUAACCGGAGGUACGAGUCGGAUGAAGACAGCCUGGGCAGCUGCGGACGGGUCUGUGUGGAGAAAUGGAAUCUCGUCAACUCCUCCCGCCUCCACCUGCCCAGGCCUUCGGCCGUGGCCUUGGAGGUGCAGAGGCUCAACGCUCUGGACCUUGAGAAGAAGAUCGGGAAGUCCAUUCUGGGGAAGGUCCACCUGGCCAUGGUGCGCUACCACGAGGGCGGGCGCUUCUGCGACAAGGACGAGGAGUGGGACCGGGAGUCGGCGGUCUUCCACCUGGAGCACGCGGCCGACCUGGGCGAGCUGGAGGCCAUCGUGGGCCUGGGGCUCAUGUACUCGCAGCUGCCCCACCACAUCCUGGCCGAUGUCUCUCUGGAGGAGACGGAAGAGAAUAAAACCAAAGGAUUUGAUUUCUUACUGAAAGCAGCUGAAGCUGGCGACAGACAGUCCAUGAUCCUGGUGGCACGAGCUUUUGACACUGGCCAGAACCUCAGCCCAGAGAGGUCCCGAAACUGGCCAGAGGCUCUGCACUGGUACAACACUGCCUUGGAGAUGACAGACUGUGAUGAGGGCGGUGAGUAUGAUGGGAUGCAAGACGAGCCCCGGUACACGCUGCUGGCCAGGGAGGCCGAGAUGCUGUUCACAGGCGGCUUCGGGCUGGAGAAGGACCCACAGAGAUCAGGCGACUUGUACACCCAGGCGGCCGAGGCAGCAAUGGAAGCCAUGAAGGGCCGGCUGGCCAACCAGUACUACGAGAAGGCAGAAGAGGCCUGGGCCCAGAUGGAGGAAUAACUUGCGGGGAAAAUCACUGCCAGCCAGUCAAAAGCAAAAGGGCUAGGAGGGGGAGAAAAAAAAAAGAAAAAGACUUCUUUACUUAUUUACAGUUUGGAAGGGGGGAGGAGUAGGGAGGGAAGGAGGGAGCAAAUGUUUUUAGUGUGUUGUAAAUCAACUUUUGUAUUUUAUUUUUUGACUUUUGAAAAUGUCUUUGCUACUAUCAGAGACACUGCAACUGUCCACUAGGGCAGCAUUUUGGGGGAGUGGGGAUUGAAAAAGCAGCCUAAUGUACCAACGUAUCUUUUUGAGAUUCUUCCGUUGGUUUUUUGGUGUGUGUGUGUGUUUUUGUUGUUGUUGUUGGGUUUUGUUUUUUGUUUUUUGUUUUUCCUAGUCAUGAGAUGUAAGAAAAUACAUCUUUUCUGCCCUGGAUGAAAAAUACUAAGGUUUUGCUCACCAGCCUUCUUAGGCUGGGCUGAAAUCUCAGGCCCAGAGAGCCUGUGUUUCCUGAGUCGGGAUGAGGAACAGUAGAGCUGCAUGUUAACUUUCCAUGGGGUGCGUAUUGUCCUGACUUAGUGCAAAGCCUUACUCAGAGCAUUUGGUAGUGUGUGUGGCAUUGUUCGGUGGAUGUGAGAUUAUAUAAUACCCAGGCUCCCUUCUGCCAUGGGGGAGAGCCCGCACACUGACUGUUCUCUGAUUUUUUAGUUUAAUUUCCCUCCCGAAAUGCAACUGACUUGUGGAAUAAGCCAAAUUCCGUUCUUAAGCAUGGUUUCCACAGUGGGCUUUACGAAACAGGUUUGAUUGUUUCAUGCACACUUUUACUACCUCUAAGUCCUCCAUCAGCUAGUGCGGAAGUGGGUGCACCUCAAAGAUUUUACGUGUAAGGGCAGUGGCUUGGAAAGUUGGAGCCUUUCCUCCAAGCGGGCAUGCGUUCUGCAUCUCAGAGGCAGCAUCCACAGUGUGACUGAAGUACCCCCUGUACAGUGGUCCUCCAUAUUUUCUUAGCAUCUGAUGUUCUGACGCAGAAUCCGCUCCCUGGCCCCCAUCCUUGGCAUUUUCUGCUUGAAGCUCAGCUGAUUUUCUUGUAAUCUGCAGCAGGAUGCUUUCAGCAGCAGCCCCUUGAGAUUUGUCUAAGCUGUUUGAGAAAGAGAGGGCAAGAACUAUAAACACUCAUUAAUUCUUCCAGUGGUUUCCCCAGGGCCAAGCUAUGGCCAUCUGUGUUCAAUGAGCAUUCCCUUUAAAAAGAAUUCAGAUUUAUUAUCAGUUACAAUUUCAGUUGGUGUUUCCAAUAGCGAAGAAAACAGACUGCUUUGAUCAACCCAAGUGCUCAAGCAGCCUCUUUCUUAGUCUAAAAAUCAAAACAUAAAAAUAAAUAAAUAAAAAUCAGAACAUUAAAAAGCAGAAUGUAACAUACAAAUUGUUCUUAUCUGUUAAUUAAAACAGGUCCUUCAGCACGUUAGUGCUAAGUGCUGUGGAGUCAUGAUCCUGUGUACUCAUUAGGUUCCAAAGUUCAGAGUGUGCCCUAAAGGAAGAAUCAAGCAGAAUCAAAAUCACCCUUGAAAAAUCCUUUAGAGCACCUGUAAACGAAAGUGUCCUUGUUUGUUUUUGGACUCAUCACAACCAGUUUCCUUAGAAGUGGGAACUGAUUGCCCUUUUUCCAUUUGCUCCAGAUCAAGUAAUUGGCUUGCCUUAAGUUUUUUGUGUGUUUUAAACCAGUGCAUAUAGUUAGUUUGCAUUUGUUAAAUGUCAGUUAGAAGCAACUUUAUUGUGACUUAUCUCUUCAAAGGUAUCAAGCCUCAUAGAAUUCACGCUUUUAUUGUUGCUAUUGUCAAUGCAGUCUGCCUUCUCUCUCUCUCAGAUUUUAUUAUGCAAAUAAUUUAUGUUCCCUGACCACCUGUCUCGUUUCUUAGUUAUACGCCAAUGCUUUCCUCUAAUACAGAGAUCAGCAACUCUUUUGUAGGUCCUGUAGGCUCUGCAGGCCGCAUGAUCUCUGUUGCAACUACUCAGCCUCGCUGUUAUAGUGCAGAAACACUCAUAAACAAUACCUAAACGAAUGAGUGCAGCUGGUGUUCCAAUAAAACUUUAUUGACAAAAACAGCCUGCCUUGGGGUAUAGUUAGCUGACCCCUGCUUUAAUCCUGACUAAGAGCUACUGUAUUAAACCCUGAGGGCAAGAGUAUCUCAAUUUUUUUGGUCUUCAGUGCUUAAAAACAGUGCCUUGGCACAGAGUAGGCACUCAAUUCAUAAACAGUGAGAACCAGCACUCUUUGUGACCCUAGUUCCUCCAUCCGAUUAAUGAUUCAUUGUCUGUAUUGAACAGUCACCACCCACCCACAUGGCCUCAGUGUCAGCAGGCAGUCCCCUUCUCCUGCAGGAGGCUGGGAUGGCCUGGAUAGCUAAGCAAAUGCUUCUGUAAGGACCACUAAGAGCAAAAUGAUCUACAAGAUACUGAGAUUCUUCUGAGUCAGCAGAACCUCAAAAGCUAGUUCUGGGCCUUCUAAACCUCAUUAGGGCAUCUUUUUCCUCCACAAAUGCGGGGUGUGUUACAAAGAAAACCAAAAAGCAAAAAACAAACAAACAAAAACCCCCAGGAUGUUCCGGUCCAACUGAGAAGACAUCAGAGACAAUCUUCAAACGCAAGAAGCAGAUGAGGGUCCAGGAGAUGAGCAGAGUUGAAGAUAUAAUUGGUACCUUCAAUCACAGAUGGGGAAUCCAAGGUUCUGAAAGGGAGACUCUUUCCAAGUACCCUUCUGGUUAGAGGCAAAGCUGGAGCUAGGAUUUGAGAGUUGCUCUUACUUAGAGGAUCCUAGGAAUAAAAUUUAAAGUUAACUGGAGUGUAAUAUCUCUCAGUUUUGUUAUAGAUUUUUUUUAAAGCAGGCUUUGUGGAUGUAAAUAGGAAAAAAAAAAUUCCUAACCCUGGUGUGCCUGAACAUCCUCGGCCCCUCUUCCUCACCUGAGGCUCUGUGGGAAUUUAUCAUCAGAUGCAACUCUGAUGAACCAAACCGGGUAACCUAUGGUUGUUGCUAUUUUCGUGACUUCUGACUUCCUUUCCUUUCGUCCCAACACAUUUGUCUGCAGUACUAGCCAUUUGUUUUACAAAUCAACAAAUGUUUACACAAGUAUAUGCAGCUUGUAUGGGGGGAAAGGUGACAAAAUACGCAUAUUCUCUAGAUUUGUACCUGUUACUUGUUUAUCUAGUCUCUGAGGUAACCAUUUAACCUAGAGGUGGACACUGGGUGGGGCCCAGAGAAUGGCUUGCUUUAUAGAUUUAUUUUUACAUAUGUAUAAAGUUCCAUUUUGCCUUUCCAAAUAAAGUGGGGUUUUUUUUUUUCUUCC